GCCUUCGCUGCAGUCGCUUCAGCAGCUGGAACCGGAGUUGGAGUCGCCGGGGCCGCUCGCCGCUCGCGCGUGGCUCCGCCGGGCCGGUAGCCAUGGAGGACUUUAUCGUGAUCUCCGACGACAGUGGCUCCGAGAGCUCGGCCGGGACCCGCUCGGGCAGGACGCGGAGGCUGCGCCGGGCCCUGUCUCGGACCCCCGGCGCGUUGCCCCGCCGAACCGUGGACUUCAUUGACUUAACUAGAGAAAACCGAGCAAGAACAAAAGAUCGGAAUGGACUCUGUGUGAUUGAUCUGACAAGAAAUGAGGAAGAAAAUAGGCCUAUUGCCACUCUUGAUUUGACUUUAGAACCUGUAGCUUCCUCUCAGAAGGAGCCAGCCAGUCUUCAGACAUGUACCAGUCUCUCGGGCAAAGAAGUGAUGGAAGCCCAUGAAGAUAGAGGCUCUCAGCCUGCAGCACAGAGAAUCAUUAACAAUGAUCCUGUAGAUUUGGAUUUGCUGGAGGAAAACCUGUUUGAAGGUUCUCGACCCCCUACAUCUAUCAGCCAGGACUCUGUUUAUCCACCAGAACCAAACUGUAGCUCAAUCACAUAUAAAGGUGACCUCAGCUUCUUGACAAGCCUACAGCUCUCUUCAGAUGUUAGCUCCUUCUCCUCCACAAGCAAUCAGAGGGCCUCUUUGCCAUGCCCACAGCAAGAUGUGCCUUGUCAAUCACAAGGCUUGCUGUGCCCGCUACAGGCCUUAUCAUGCCCACAAAGAGCUUCACCAUGUCCACCACGAGCUUCCUCAUGCCCACCACAAGCCCUGUCAUGCCCACCUCAAGCUUUGUCAUGCCCAUCACAAACUUUGUCAUGCCCAUCACAAACUGUACAGUGCCAACUCCAAGCUUUGCCUCAACCACCUCAAGAAGUGCCAUGCUCUACCCAAAAUGUACCGUGCCCUCAGCAGAAUAUGCCAAGCACACCUCAAGGCUUAUCAUGGCAUUCUCGACACACCCUAUACCCAUACCAAGACACUCUGGGCCUACCUCAAGAUGUUCCAGGCCGACCUCAAAACAUGUCAUAUCCACAAGAUGUGACACAACUGCAAGACAUGCCAUGGUCACUACAUGACAUGCCACUGUCACUACAAGAUGUGUUGCAGUCACUGCAAGAUGUGCCACCAUUGCUGGGAGAUGUGCCGCCGUCACCAGAAGUGAUGCAGUUACCAGGAUAUGUGACACAGUCAUCAAGAGAUGUGAUUCAGCCACCGGCAGGUGUGAUACAGUCGUCAGGAUGUAUGAUGCAGUCAUCAAGAAGUGUGACACAGUCACUAAGAAGUGUGAUGCAGUCACCAGGAAGUGUGACACAGCCACUAAGAAGUGUGAUGCAGUCAUCAGGAAGUGUGAUGCAAUCACCAGGAGGUGUGACACAGUCACUAAGAAGUGUGAUGCAGUCACCAGGAGGUGUGAUGCAGUCACCAGGAGGUGUAAUGCAGUCACCUAGAGAUGUGAUGCAGUCACCAAGAGGUGUGACCCAGUCACUAGGAAGUGUGAUGCAGUCACCAGGAGGUGUGAUGCAGUCACUAAGAAGUGUAAUGCAGUCAUCAGGAGGUUUGACGCAAUCACUAAGAAGUGUGAUGCAGUCACCAAGAGGUGUGAUGCAGUCACCAAGAGGUGUGAUGCAGUCACCAGGAAUGAUGCUGUCACCAGGAGGUGUGAUACAGUCACUAAAAAGUGUGCCACAGUCAUCAAGAGAUAGGAUGCAGUCAGCAGGACAUGUGCCAUCAGCAUCAGGAGAUGUGAUACAAUCACCAGGAGGUAUGUCACCGACAUCGGGAGAUAGGAUGCAGUCAGCAGGAGGUGUGCCAUCAGCAUCAGGAGAUGCGAUAGAGUCACCAGGAGGUGUGUCACUGGCAACAGGAGAUUCGAUACAGUUACCAGGAGGUGUGCCACUAUCAUCAGAUGUGAUACAGUCCCAAGGAGGUGUGCCAUUAUCAUCAAGAGAUAGGAUGCAGUCACCAGGAGGUGUGCCACCAUCAUCUGGAGAUAUGAUACAGUCACAAGGAGGUGUGCCACAAUCAUUAGGAGAUGCAAUACAGUCAGCAGGAGGUGUGCCACAAUCAUCAGGAGAUGCGAUACAGUCACCAGGAAGUGUGUCACUGGCAACAGGAGAUUCGAUACAGUUACCAGGAGGUGUGCCACUAUCAUCAGGAGAUGUGAUACAGUCCCAAGGAGGUGUACCACGGUCAUCAAGGGAUAGGAUGCAGUCACCAGGAGGUGUGCCACCAUCAUCUGGAGGUGUGAUACAGUCACCAGGAGGUGUGUCACCAGCAUCAGGAGAUGCAAUACAGUCACCAGGAAGUGUGUUACCGGCAUCAGGAGAUGCAAUACAGUCAGCAGGAGGGGUGUCACUGGCAUCAGGAGAUGCCAUACAGUCACCAAGAAGUGUGCCACAGUCACCUAGCGGUACAUUGCAGUCACCAGGCAAUAUGUCAGAGUCACUUGAGGAUACACCAAACUUAUUAAAAGAUGUGUCACACUCACCACAAGCAUUAUUGGACUUAGCAAGAGACAGGCCGAAGUCUUCCCCGAGUGAUGUGCAGAAUCGUGAUACUCCUAUGGAUAUCUCAGCUUCAUCCUCUUCAAGUUGCUCUGCUAACCCACUAUCUCGACAGUCUGAAUUUAAGUUAGAUAAAGUUCCUUGGCUCACUAUCACAGAUAGCUCAGCCAGGAAAGAGAGAUCACUGCCACAGCUUGCCAACCCUGGGUCUGCCCAGAUACAAGGACAAAUACCACAAGUUGGGGUAUACAAUAGACCUUGCCUGCAUAGACUGAAAUACUUCUUACGACCUCCAGUACAUCAUCUCUUCUUCCAGACAUUAAUACCAGAUAAAGAUACACGAGAGAGCAAGGGUCAGAAAUUAGAACCCAUCCCUCAUCGAAGACUAAGAAUGGUGACAAACACUAUUGAAGAAAACUUCCCUUUGGGGACUGUGCAGUUUUUAAUGGACUUUGUUUCACCCCAACAUUACCCACCCAGAGAAAUUGUGGCUCACAUCGUCCAGAAAAUCCUGCUCAGUGGCUCUGAGACUGUGGAUGUCCUCAAGGAGGCCUACAUGCUUCUCAUGAAAAUUCAACAGCUGCAUCCAGCCAAUGCCAAGACAGUGGAGUGGGACUGGAAACUGCUCACCUAUGUCAUGGAGGAAGAGGGACAAACUCUGCCUGGACGAGUUCUCUUUUUACGCUAUGUAGUGCAAACCCUGGAAGAUGACUUCCAGCAGAUCUUGAGGAGACAGCGGCAGCACCUACAGCAAUCCAUUGCAAACACUGUUCUGUCAUGUGACAAACAGCCCCACAAUGUCAGAGAUGUUAUUAAGUGGCUGGUCAAAGCAGUGACUGAAAAUGAAUUAACUCCACCCCAAGAUGAGACUCAGACCUCUCCAAGAACAGGAGUCUUGAAAACUAGCAGUGACCAUCUGUCUCCCUGGCCUAACCAGACCAGGAACACCAAUCAACUGAUUGUGUGUCAGCUUCAGAGGAUGUUGUCCAUCGCUGUAGAGGUGGACAGGACUCCAACCUGCAGCUCCAAUAAAAUAGCGGAGAUGAUGUUUGGGUUUGUGCUGGAUAUCCCUGAGAGGAGCCAGAGGGAGAUGUUCUUUACUACCAUGGAAAGCCACCUUCUGCGAUGCAAAGUCCUGGAGAUCAUAUUCCUGCACAGCUGUGAGACACCCACCCGUCUCCCCUUGUCUCUGGCCCAGACCCUCUAUUUUCUGAACAACUCCACAUCCCUCCUCAAGUGUCAGUCAGAUAAAACCCAGUGGCAGACAUGGGAUGAGCUGGUUGAACAUCUGCAGUUCCUGCUGUCCAGUUAUCAGCAUGUGCUGAGAGAGCACCUACGGAGCUCAGUGAUUGAUCGGAAAGACUUAAUCAUCAAAAGAAUUAAGCCCAAGCCCCAACAAGGAGAUGACAUCACGGUGCUGGAUGUGGAGAAGCAGAUCGAGGCCUUCCGCAGCCGCCUGGUCCACAUAUUGGGAGAACCUUUAGUCCCCCAGCUCCAAAACAAAGUGCAUUUGUUGAAGCUGCUGCUCUUCUAUGCUGCGGACUUGAACCCCGACACAGAGCCUGCUUCAGAGCAGAGGCAGCCAGACUUCUAAGCACUGCGCACCAAGAAUACCUCCUGACUGCCGCCAACUACUUAGAAGCCCUGAAGUAUGAACUGUAGUUAGGAACAUCAUAGGACCAAACCUAUCUUAUUUAUCAGUAGGUUGUAAUAACUUUGUAACUCUUCAGUAUAUAUUUUUUUUAUAAUCUUUAUCCUAGCCUAUUCAAAUUUGGCUUAAAUAUACAAGGUGUAUAUAUUUUUUAUUAAAUUAUUUAUGCUAUUGAAACAGGCAGUGAUAUGCACUAUAUGUCCAACAUUUCCAUGCAAGAUGUGAAAGAACCCUUCUGCUGCACAAUCCAUCAGUGUUACACUGGUCAAGAUACUGACGGCCCGCUUGGCCCAGUUCUGGAAAAAAACAUUAAUUUUUCCUGAAUAGACCAUGUUCUAUACUAGACUUUUUAUAUUGCCCAUGAAUAUGACUCUGUGGCCAGUUUAUUAAGUCUAACAAAGCAGGCAAAGAAACAAGAGCCUGUCAAACCUGUGGUGUUAAUAAGAUAGAAUAAGACGUUUACAGUGCUUGGGCUCCACUAUGGGGCAGGCAGAAUGGACAAGACAGACCUGGGCUUGAGAAAGUAGUAAAGAUUUUUAUUUGUCAAUACAAGAUAACACAAAUAAAUUAAUUUUUACAACAA